AUGUCAGCGUCGUUGUCAUUGUUGGAACGUCUGGACGAGCUGUUGACGGUGGUGGAUGAGGAGGAAGACUAUGCUCGGGCCAUUCCAUUGUUCCAGGAAAUCUACUUCAAGUGUCUUCUUCAUGAAUCCAAAUUCCAGCAACUGCUCAAACAGCAUAUUAAUACUAUUAAUACUAAUACUAGUACUGGCAGCAAGAAUGACAGGCUCACCGUCCUUCAAGCCUACGCCUACUACCGACUCGAACACUACGAGAAAGCACUACAAUUGGCACAAGAAUGUCCUCAAUCUUCCACGGCUGCUCAACAUAUCAAAGCACAAGCAUUUCAUCAUCUCCAUCAAAACACAAGAGCCAUGCAAGCCUAUCAGACAUUGCUUCAGACUUCCACUAAGUCUUGCACUGAUCAAGAUAAUCAAGACAAUGAUGAUAAUCAGAUGGAACUGUACACAAACGCCAUGGCCGUCAUCACUGCCAAUGCUACUCCUUACCUAACAGAUGACAAACACCAACAGGUUACUGAACAGGCCACUCAGACACUCCUCAAUCAACAACAGGACACCAAUAUGGAAUACCCUUACGAUCUAGCCUACAAUUUGGCCACACAUGCUCUGCUCACAGCAAACACACACGCCAAAAGACACAAAGCCAUUACUCUCAUGAAACAAGCACACAAAACGUGCACCGAUGACCCUCGAGAAAUCAAACCCAUACUCAUCAACCUUACCUGGGGAAACAUACUCUGGGGAGAACCUACCAGCACUGCUGCAAACAGUAACAGUAACAGUAACGUCAACACCAAAACAAACAAAAAUAAAAACAAAACAAACACUCCCUCGGAAAAAAUCAUGACAUUGAUCCAGGACGUAAUUCAACCAAAUCUCAUUCAGUUGCCGGCUUUGAACAAAAAGACACUUCAAAAACUCAUUCAAGCACUACAGUCUCUGUUACCCGAUGAUACUUCAACAACAAAACCAAAACUAUCACCACUGCAACUAAAGAUUUGUUACUACAACCUUGCACUCACACAACUACAAGCAAAGCAGUACCAACAGUGCAGAGACACGCUGCAAUCAUUUGCACAAACGACACUGCACACGGACAUCGCUGUCAACAAGAAAAAAAAGAAAAAGAAUAACAACAACAACGCUGAGUCGAAUGAUAGCAACACCAACGACACCAUCUGGUGGCAGCAGGAAAACACCAAGGAUGAUGACAGCACCCUCGUGUACUUGCAACUCCACUUGAUGCAACUGAACAGUAAUAAUAAUAAGUCUCAAGCCGCAACAGCGCAACAACAAUGGUUGCUGCAACAGGUGCAAUCGCAAGACGCCGUCACUCAUCCUGCCAUGAUUGCAACGCUGGCCAAGACGUAUCAAGAUCAAAACCAAACGGAACGGGCCAAGGAUCUACUCAUGAAACUCAAUGAUGAUGCCGACAGCAAUGCCAACGGAAAUCAAAUCAUGGCGGAAAUGGCAAUGGCACAAGGAAACUACGAGGAAGCCGUACAGUUCUAUCAGCUAAUACUGACGGCGGAACCAAACAAUCUCGCUAUACGGGCACGAAUGGUAGAAGCACUGGCGCACGUUGACCCAGCACGAGCCUUGCAAGAAUGGAAGACCAUGGAGCAAACCGAAAUGGACCAAGAAGAAGACGAUGAUGACGAAGAAGAAGAAGACUUGGAUGGACAAGAACUGGAACAAAGAGCAUUGCCACGCAUCAAACAUGAUGCUGCUGCUGCUGGUCUCACUUCAUCGGCGACGGCUGGCACGGAUGCAGCCGCCGCAAACAAAAAUCAAACAAAGUCACAGGCGGCCGUGGUGCGUCGUCGUGCCAAGAAACGACAAGAAUACCUAGACAAGUUGACUCAAAAGGGACUCUACAAUCCCCUCAAACCCACCCGCCCUGAUCCCGAACGGUGGAUUCCCAAACAUGAACGACAAAGAAGUAGAAGACGCAACAAGCAGCAACACAAAGGGGCACAAGGCGGAAUAUCCAGCAAGGAUGCCGCCAAACUCGAUGUCGCUGCAAGAGCCAACAAUAGCAAUUUCAACAAUAGUGCGGCAGCUUCCGGUCCUUCCACGGCACACUUGACCGUCGCUGGCAACGCUCGAAAAGGAGGUGGACGAAGGCGCUAG